AUGGGUACCUACACUGUGUCAAAUGCUCAAAAUUUAAGGAUAUGUGUUGUUAUGGUGGGUUUACCCGCUAGAGGGAAAUCAUUCAUAUCUCAGAAAAUCGUACGUUACCUUUCGUGGCUCUCAUUCAAGGCCAAGUCUUUCAACGUAGGAGGUUACAGACGAAAGGGAGCGCCUCGCCCUAGCGCGGACUUUUUCGAUUAUUCGAAUGCUGAGGCCUACAAAAUCAGAGAGCAAGCUGUAAAAGAAGCUGUUGAGGAUAUGAUGAAGUGGUUCGAAGAAGAAGAAGGGUGUGUGGCGAUUUUAGAUGCAACGAAUUCAACGAGAGUGAGAAGAAAUUGGAUUUUAAAGCUUUGCAGGGAAAAUUGCAUAGAACCAAUGUUUUUAGAGAGUUGGUGCGAUGAUGAGGAUGUGGUUUUGAGAAACAUUGCAGAUGUGAAAAAUUCGUCACCUGAUUAUGAAGGCGUCGAUUCAGAAGCCGCUACGUCUGACUUUCUUGAAAGGAUCAAUAAAUACAAAGAAGUUUACCAACCUUUACAAGAUGAUAUCGAUAAGGAUCUUACUUUUGUGAGACUGAUUAAUGUUGCGCAACAAGUGGUAAUAAACAGAAUCGAGACUUAUUUGGAGAGUAGAAUUGUUUUCUAUGUCAUGAAUCUCCACAUAAAGCCUCGCUAUAUAUGGCUUUCGAGGCACGGGGAGUCGAUUUACAACAUCGAGAAAAAAAUAGGCGGUGACUCUUCUUUGUCGCCGAGGGGCCUGAAAUACGCGGCUAAACUCAAGGAGAUGGUCAAAGAAUCCGCCGGUGACAGAGACUUGACGGUCUGGACUUCAACUUUGAUCAGGACACAGGAAACCGCCCAAUACCUACCUUACAAGCAGCUGCAGUGGAAAGCUUUGGAUGAGUUGGAUGCGGGGGUCUGUGACGGAAUGACCUACGAGGAAAUAGAAGAAAAAUACCCUGAGGAUUUCAAAGCACGAGAUGAAGACAAGUAUGAGUAUAGGUAUCGCGGUGGAGAAUCUUAUCGCGAUGUCGUGAUAAGAUUAGAGCCCAUCAUAAUGGAGUUAGAGCGUCAAGAGAACAUUUUGAUUAUCACACAUCAAGCUGUGCUCCGUUGCAUAUACGCCUACUUUAUGAACGUCCCACAGGAAGAGUCUCCAUGGAUGUCAAUUCCGCUUCACACGUUGAUCAGAUUGGAGCCACGGGCAUAUGGCACAAAAGUAAAGAAAAUAAAGGCAGACAUUCCUGCUGUAAGCACGUACAAAGAAAGAGGCACAAGUCAAGUAGGGGAAACUUACGAUGAAAAGCGAAAGUCUUUGCAUAUUUUGAAUUCUACUUCUGAUUAG